UACCCUGCUAAAGACCGUGUGCAGUAGCUGUAUAGGCUCCACUGAUGAUAUUAAAGAAUCUUUAGAUUAGUAGUUGUAACUAAAAUGUCAUCCGGAAAUAAUUUCAGUUUAUCUUCUUGCAUUACUACUCUGACUCAGGGAAUUUUAUUUUUGAAGUUUAUCAGAAGAUCUUAAGGUGGGUGUGGUGUGAUCCCCAUAAUUGUGCUUCCUGUGUUGAGAAAAGGCAUUUGAAGCAGGUGUUCGAGUAGGCUGGAAGCAGAAGCUGCAGCUCCCGAAGAGAUGUCAAAGUCAGUUGAUUUCUCCGUUUUCAGUGUCCUGGUGACAGGAUCUGAUCGGGGGAUUGGUCUUGGUCUGGUGAAGAGGUUUCUGAUGCUGCCAUGUCCACCGAAGUGGGUCUUUGCUACAACCCUUGAUCUGGAGGGAGAAGAAACCAAGGUGCUAAAAGAAUUGGCAUGCAACCAUCAGAAUCUGGCUAUAUUGCAAUUAGAUGUCACUAAACUUGAGACCAUCCAGGCAGCUGUGAAAGAAGUAGAGAAGCAUGUUGGAGAAGGUGGGCUGUCCAUCCUUAUCAACAAUGCUGGUAUUGUAUUGGGCAACGAUCUAGAAAAUGAAAAUGCCAAGGAUAUGAUGAAGGUGUAUUCCGUCAAUACUAUUGGGCCCCUGCAAAUGAGUCAGGCCUUUCUGCCCCUGCUCAAGAAGGCCGCCCACAGAAGUCCCAUAAAAGGCAUGAGCUCCAGCAAGGCAGCCAUUAUCAAUAUGUCCAGCAUCUUAGGCUCAAUUGAACUUAUGGACCGUUGGGAAACAUUGAAAAUAGUUGCCUACCGCUGCAGUAAGGCUGCUUUAAACAUGAUCACCAAAUGCCAGUCACUUGAGUAUUCAGCCCACGGGAUUCUGUGUAUAGCCAUCCAUCCUGGCAGGGUGAAAACAUCUACAAGGGAGGCGGAUUUAUCUGUGGAAGAGAGCACCCAAGGUAUCAUGACCGUGCUGUCCAUGCUUUGCGAUGAGGACAAUGGGACCUUCGUGGACUGGUUGGGUCGGAGUAUUCCUUGGUGAACAAUCUUCUUCCUAAUGCCAUGGCUACAAUAUAUUACCAAGUCAUGAGUUCUCAAUAAACCACUGAGCAUCAUGAUCAUCUUGUCAUUUUUGAUCUUCAUUGUAUAUCUUCCUUCUCUA